UUCGUUUGGACGGUCUUAAUACACACACACACACGCGCACGCACGCACACGCAUACAUUUAAUAUAUUUAUUUAUGUGUAUGUAUCGUGAUAAUAUACAAUAUGAAGUCGAUCUGCCAGACGAGCGUCUUCAGUCGACCGGCGAACGUUCGAAAGGUAAUAGCUGUGUCGUCGUGCACCCACACUUAAACCACGAGUCGCUCGUAUCUACACCACGUGCUGUUUGAGACACACCAUAUGACAUAAGUCUUGACGGAUUUCUUCAUUUAACAUCGCAACUGUUAUCAGCGACGGUGUACUCGCGGACCUACAGUAUAAUAUAUUGAUCUUGGGGUUUUUUUUUUUAUCUACCGAGAAACGAAUUUUUUCCCGAAGGGUUUGUUCAGUAUAUUGUUUUUUCAUUCAUGCGAUUGCGAACAAAAUGACACAACUAGUUUUUCUUGUCACUAGGAGUAGAAAAGCUGUCCGCACAGCAGUUUUAUUCGCGUUUACAAUUGUGCAGCUGUUGCCGCUGCAUUCGUCCGCGGUCGGCGAUAAUACCGGCGCGACCCAUGCACCGUCGGGCGCCGAAUUCCUCCACAGCGUCAUUGGCAACAUGCAACGACCUAACCGCAAGGUGUUUAACGAUCGAAUCGACGUCCAAGAAUACAUACCCGACGAUAUCCCGUACAACCCACCUUCUGACGAGAUAAAAAUGCUGUCGAAACAACCGUUCCAUUUCAACAAUCAGGCGAACCGACCUGUUCAGACCGAUGCCAACAAAAACAGAGUGGAGUUAUUACUUUCGCAAAUAGCGCCUCAGUUUUUAAAAAACGAAUUUGCCGAAUCACAAAAUCGAAUAGUUACUCAAGAAGCUCCGCAACAGUUUAAUCCGGUUCCCAACAGUCCACAAAAUAUAAUUGACGCUCUUGCAAGUGACACGGCGCAAAGACCACCAGACGGCAUGAUUUCCGGAUAUAAUUAUUUCUUUUACCCGCUGGACAACAAGGCGCUGCAGCAGAUGCAGAAUGGCAAUCAGGUGGCGUCGACGACGGCUGUGGCAGACUCGGAACCGGCAAAGUCUGAAAACCAUGCGGCCACCAAGCCCCGGGUGGAGCCUCUGUUCGUGGCCAUGGCCGGAUUCGUGGGCGUUGCGGUGGUGUUCCUCAGCGCGCUCAUGUUCAUACCGAUAUUGCCGAUACACGCGCUCACCUCUAAGGCGGCGUUGAAACGUGCCCCCGAAGAGCUGGCCUCGCUCACCAAGCUCGUCGCCGAAUCCAUCGACGGCAAAGACUGCAGCGAGAGGAUAGCGUGCGAGGUCGGCAGGGCCAUGCGGUCCAUGCGAGUGGGCAACAAACCCAUCAGAAUGAUGGAAAUUAUACUACCACCAGCGGUUGCAAAACAGCUAGCUCAAAUAAGAAGGUCUGCCUCAAAGAAAGAACAGUGUCAUUUCAUCAUGUGCAAAAAGACUGAGGGUACAUUGCAAUUGGUGGCGAAACUAAAGAAAUCUAAUAAUUUUAAAACUAAUCACAACAAAACUAUUCACGAUGUUAGAGAAAUUUUUAACAUUUAAGACAGACCAUUUUUGGAAAUUAAUUUAUUCUAGAUAUUAAGUAAAUUAUUUUAUGUUUUUAGGAUUACAAAGAUAAUUAAAUAUUUUAGUUAUACCAAGGCUGGGCAAGUUACUUUUUCCCCACUAUAUUGUUUUAAAAUAGAAAUUAAUUCAGUUAAGUUUUUAAUUAUGUAUUCGAGUUAAAAAAUAAUUUAACUAGUUAACGGAUACGAGUAAAAAUUACUUUCUUCACUAUAAAAAAUAUACAUUAGGGUAAUUUACAAUGAAUUUAUUUCAUGAUUUAAACCAAAAACCAUAAAAAAUUACGCCUAUAUAAAAUAGCCGAAUUUUUAUUAUGUACAUUUUUUAAAGUUUUAAGUUACUAUGGUUAUUGUGAGAAUCGAUUUUUGACAUUUUAAUUAAAAUUAUUUAAAAUAAUAAAUUACUAUUUUGCAUAUUUACUUCAAUUAAAAAAAUUAAAUCAAACAAUUAUUUAAAAAUUGACUUCCACAAUAACCUAGAAAAAAUUAUCAAAAAAUGUCACUAUUACAUUUCUUUUGAAAUAACAACGUUUUAUAGUAAUUAACAGACAUUAGUGGCGUGACAAACAUGACAAAUGAUAUUUUUUAGCUAUUCUGUGCCGUGUAGUUAAUACUCUAAAUUAGAGUGUUAUCCAUAUUACAAACACAUAAGUAAAAUAAUUUUUUGCCAUUUUUUUUUAUACUUUUAUGGUUAUUUAUAAUUAAGUAUGUUUUAACUUUCAUCUUAGGUAACAUUAUUUUAACUAAAAAUAAUUAAAUUAUGUAAUUUUUAAUUAUUUUUUUUUAAAUUCAAAUUGCAUGUGAAAAAUAUUUUUAAUUGAAAUUAUUGUUGUAAUUUAUUCUGUAGUUGUUAUGAAAAAGUUUUUAUUCAUACAGAAAAAUAACUUGUUUCAUUGUGAUAAAAAGUAACUUAUCAAUUUAAAGAGUUGGUACAUCUUGAAAUAAAUAAAUUAAGUAAAAAGAUAAAUAUGUUUUUACUUAAAUUUCAACUUUGAAUUUGUUAAUGCCCAGCCUUGAAUAAUGUUGUUGCUUGAGAUGGUUUCUAUUAAUCAUUUUCUAAGGAGUAUUAUAUAGGCAACUUGUUAUGUCAUUCAUGUCAAUACUAUAAAAUAUAAAAAUAAUGACAAAUAAAUUAACGUUCAAGAAAUUAAUUUCCCUAUUUAUUUUAUUUUGUAAGAUGCUUGAAAAAUUAUUUUAGCAGAACUGAUAAUUAUACUACAUUGUGUAUUUUAAAUAAAAGAUAAAAAAUAAAGAACAAUACAUUAAUCAUAUA